UAGGGAGAUUCCCGUGUCCGGAAUUUACUUGGUUGGUUUAGAUACGGACAAACCUCAGAUGUGUGUGAGGCGUUGCCUCGGUUUCAGGUGACAAUGUUAUAAGUACUGAACCAAGACUGGGCAAAGCCAUGGAGGUUGCCGAAGGUGAGAUUCCUGUGGAUGCAGGACGAGAGAAUUACGACUUUGGUCUGCUUCCAGAGGUGGCAUGGGUUCAGAUUAUGCAGUAUCUACAACUGAAGGACAGAUACAGCUUGUCCAUCACCUGUCAGGCAUUGUACCAACACUUCUAUCACCCCUCCUUGUGGAGCAAUGUCAAGGUCAACUUGACGGGAGGGUCAACAAACUUCUCACUCAGUAACACUUAUAUUCCAAACAGACUGGUCCAGAUGAUUGACAAGUUUGGCCAUCUGUUUCAGAAGCUCACCAUCAAAAUAUUUGGUCAUGUGAGCACUUUUGAUGAUGACAGUCGUUUAAUUUUGACAAAACUUAGCGAAGUCUGUCGUCUGGAGAGUCUGACCCUUGAGGCCGGGAAAUUGAUCACCCAGUUUGAUAUAAGUGGAUUUCCACCAUUUAAGUCAGAUAUACAAAUUUUCAUAAAUUUUAUCAAUAAUGCUUUUAGAUUGAAACAAUUGAAUAUCAGAUCAUGGCCAAUGUAUCCAGCGUUAUUCACUCAAAAUAGCCUCAAUAUUUUCAACGCCAUUGUCAAGAAUGAAAAACUCAAGGAUCUAGAAUCCUUGAGUUUAUUUUGGAGAGACGACAGUGCAUGGUCUGAGCGAGAGCCUCUUUUACCAUCACCCCGAUUUCUGAUGACAUUUCUACCAGAUUUGAAAAAGCUGUCUCACCUUGCUGUGAGAUCUCCCAUGUUGAACGAGGACAUUCUCACCAUGCUGUCUUCUCCAGACAGAUGCAGGCUCAAGUUGCUACAGAUAUAUGUCACAUAUUCGGCCUUCAACCAAGCCUUUCAGAUUCCAGACAUAUCAUCAGAUAUCUGGAAGACAUUGGUGCUGGCAAGUCCGGAACUGGAGGUGGAGUGUUCCGUGAUGUCCCAGGUUCCGAACCCGGAACUCUCUCUCCUCCUGUGUCCUGAUGUGCCGCUCAAGUCUAUCACCUUUCUCCCAUACUCCAGAUGCAAUGGGCAGAUUAUUGGCUCCAUCACAGACAAGUUUAUGUCGUCUCUCAAAGACUUCAUCUGUUAUGCCGACACCUCUGAUGUAGACAUUGAACUUAGAUACCUGGUGUCCAAGUGUUCUGGUCUGAGGACUCUGGUGUUCCAUGGGAGCAUCAAGUGUUCCACAGUUGUUACCAUGGCGACACAGAAAUCUGGACAGUGGUCAAAGCUGGAGUUUGUGGAAAAGAAACUGGACACGUUUGAUGAUGAAGAUGGGGAUGAUGUGGAUGCUGAUGAGGCCAUCAGGAGGAACGAAGCUGGAGAGUAUAUACUGGUAGGGCUGCAUAGAUUCCAUCGCCAUGACGACAACAGGGAAGAGACAAUUGAACAAAUGAGUUCUGUGGUUUCAGGAGUGAUGGGGUACAAGUGGAAGCCAGUAUAAACUUGACUGUCCAUAGGCCACAAACGCUUUUAGUGUCUUGGUUUACAAAUUUUGUUUGUAAUCCUAUUUCCUGUAGGUGAGAAAAAUAACAAAGACAUUUCAGAUUUUUUUGUUCUUCAAAACAAUAUCUGAAUAUGUAACCAUUUUUUGAGUGUUUAUGAAACAGUCUUGUCCGUCAUGCUGUUUGAGCCCUUCUAUUUGUUUGUUAGUUGGUUCACAAAACCAAUUGACAACAAAUCUGAAAUUAGAUAAACAAAUGGCUUUGUUGUCUGAAGAACAUUUAAGUGAUGUAGUAUUUAACUUUUUGGAGGGCAAACUAGGGUGAAUGCCAACAAGCACCAAUUGGUCUGAGUAUGUUGACAAUGUGGUUAACCAUUGAAGAACAUGGUUUUUUUGCCUUUGUCACACUGAUCGGAUGCUUUUUUGAAACUGUUAAAAUAGACGACUGUUAUAAAGAAUAUAAAAGCGCAAUAUUGAAGGUGAUGGAAAAAGCUACCCAAAACACAUGGCUUAACUCAACCAGUGGUUUAACCCAUGCAGUGCAAUGCAUGACAAGUAACAGUCAAUGUGGGUAUAAAAUGGUUCAUUCCAGAUAAAACUGAACUGUACUGUCAGAAGUUGAAAAUAUGUUUUUGAAAUAAUUUUAUCUCUUAUUGUCCCCUCAGUAAUGACAUUGAGUAUAGAUUUGCUGUGGAGAUUUUGAAUUUGGAGGUGACCAAAGAAUUAUGAGAUUACAUCAAAUAUGCAUGUCAGUAUUAUUUACAAAUGUGUUCAGAGGUUAUUAUAUUGAUGUUAUGAUUAUCAAUUUGUUAGUCAGUAGAUCUGGAUGGGGAAAAAUCAUCAUGACUUAUUUUCAACCUCAUUUUAAAUAGAAAGUUGUAUGAGAAACGCUCCAGUCAUGAACACUUCUUGUUGUUUUCAAUGUUUCAUUUCAAUGUUUAAGAUUUAAACAGGAUAAAUUAUUAGAAAGUUUUUUUUAUCUCCAUGUGAUGAUAGAUCAUGUUUUUAUAACAUAUUGCCAACACCAGUGAACAUCCCUACAGUAUAAUGCUGUAGUUGCUGUAAAAAUGCCCUUGGCCAAAUUGGGUGCUGAUUAAAACCAUACUCAAGUGAAAUUUGUUUUUAGAGAUUGAGCUAAAGAACAGACGUCGAUGAAACCAAAAUGUUAUGUACCCAUUCUGUACUGCUGGCACUGUAACAAAUCUGUCAUUUACACAAGAAAAUAUGGACCGUCAUAUAAGUGUUUGGUCUUACAGGAGAGUUUCUAAAGAUUACUUGCAGACUGGUCUAGAAGUUGACACUUAUGGAGCAAGGCGCUUAGUACGAUGAAUAAGGUAAUACUAUAAAUAAAGCAGUACAGAAGGUAGAUGUGAUGUUGGGUAGGAUUUCUCUUUUGAUGUAACAAGAUGUAAGUAUGUAAUCGUGAAUGGCCUUUGUCGUUUGUACUCAUUUGGGAAAUAAUCCCAGUUAGUCUCACAUCUUGUACACGAUGAUGUAUCUUCACCACGUUUACUGGAGGGUUUGCAGUGCAUUUAUUUUACACAUUUACAAUGGGGUUCGUGUCACUUACUGUAUUCGAUGUAAUAAGCGCCCACGGCGGUAUUUGCUAAUAUAUUGGCUAGUGAACAAUCCCAAUUAGCAUCCCGUCCGAUUGAUCAAUGUACUCAAG